AUGCAUUGCGUUUUGAAACACGGCCGUUACAUAAUCCCGCGGCCUCAAUCCCCCAAUUCCCGCACGAUAUCCGAUCAGUCGAAUCCAGAUAAAGAUGUCAAGAAAAAAAAGCUAAACCCAAACGAAGGUGCCAGCACACAAAUCCAGUUGCCUUCCUCCAGCAGGGGCCUCCGGGCCAUCGGGGCGGCGGCAUCUCUGGGCCGUGCGGCCGACGUUCGAAUGCUUGUUGGAUGGGCGGCUUCCUCUUCCCGGGUGAGCCGGCGGGUCAACCCAUUUUGGAUCUCGCCUCUUUAUCGGUCGCCACGAUGGGUUCUGACCGGCGGCUUCUCAGAGUAUGAGCAGCGGUGCUUUUCCGGCAUGUUGUCUUCGCCAUUGGUCGAUAGGGUUUGGAGAACAAAUUUUGACGAGAGAGGAGACGUGGGUGGUUUGGGAGAGAUUUUGUUCCAAUAA